UUGAUGACACACUGAAUCACAACAAUCAAUUUUGCAUGGUUUGUGAGGUCACACCAAAGCUUCAGGUUACACUUGGAUGAUCAGAGUCUUCUGCAUCAAAUAUUUGUCUGCAAGACAGAGAGAGAGCAGGAAGUAAAAAGGUCAGUUUACAAUAUAUUAACUAAUGGCGGAUUCAUUUGUAAAAAGGUACCUUGAAAGACGUAGAAGGAGGGCUAGUGUAAGUGACAUUUGCGGUCCACCACUUCUUCCACUAACAUGUGAGGAUAUCAAACGAGGAACAGAAAAUGAUAGGCUUGGACGUUUGAGAGACUCCAUGUUCCAGAACCAUCUCAUUCUAAAGCCAGAACUAGGAAGGACUCAAAGAAGGUGUGCAAAGAUUCCAGGGUCAGAUUUUGUGUAUGGAUUAAGCCUGCGUGGAACUGAUGGAGGAGUUCCAGAAGCCAUUGGUCACUGGAAUGUAAUGCCACCAAGAGUCUACAAAAAGAAGGAAAUGCCAAAGGACUAUAUUGCCAUGAAUCGUAAAGGUCUAAAGAUUGGCCUUUUCACUGCAAGGGAACAUUCUCUGUAUCAUCAAUACCAUGUUGUCCGCCGCAAAGAAAUGGACUCAAACAGGUUCAUAAAGGAUCCACCUCGACUUCCAGAUGCCAUGACAUAUGGGAGGCCUGCUCGUCCUUCCACACCCAUAGUAGAUGUCCUCCAACAUAAGUUUGGAGACCUGUGGAUAGAAGAGCACCGGAAAUUUACUGAAGUUGAAAAAGAGAAGAAACGUAAACAAAAACUGCAAGGGAAAACCUACGAGACACGUACUGUCAUGCUGAGAAAACAUCAAAUCCCAGUGAAGCUGGAUUCCCUGUGGCACAUGCCCCGAUUUGAGAAAAAUGCCAUCCCCAAUCUUGUCACCUUUCCAACUCUAAAAGACAAGGUGAAGGCUCUCAAAGCUCAGCAAAGUGAAGUUCCAGUUCGACGUGGUCAACUACCUCACGGCAUUUAUACGCUUGCAUCAUAGGACUCUGCUGUAUAAGGAGAGGUACAACCAAAUGUUAUACCUCAACAGGAGUUCUUGUAAUUAUAAAAAGAUAA